AUGCCGUCCGCAAAGAUCUAUUACGACCAAGAUGCUGACCUCAAUGUCCUGAAGGACAAGACCAUCGUAUUCCUUGGCUUCGGCAACCAGGGCGCAGCACAGGCCCAGAACCUGCGUGACUCUGGAAUUCCCAACGAGCAGAUUCUCAUCGCGAACAGGCCCGAUUCGUACGCAGAGGACGCGAAGGCGAAAGGCUUCAAAGUUGAGCAUGACUUCGUGAAGGCCGCGAAGGCCGCCGAUGUCGUCUUCAUCCUUGUCCCCGACCAAGUCCAGCCACGAGUCUUUAACGAGACCUUCACGCCUAAUUUGAAGGACACCGCGGCGAUCGUCGUUGCCAGUGGCUACAAUGUGUUCUUCAAGCUUCUCAAAUUCAAGCCCACACAAGACGUCGUCAUGGUUGCUCCUAGGAUGAUCGGCUCCUCCGUGCGCAGUUUGUAUGUUAAGGGCAAGGGUUUCCCUUGCUUCGUCUCGGUCGAGCAAGAUGGUACCGGUAAUGGCCUGGCAGUUGCGCUUGCGUUGUCCCGUGCCAUCGGCGCAACCAAGGCUGGUGCGAUCGACUCCUCAGUAUACGAGGAGACUGCGAUGGAUCUCUUCGCCGAGCAAGCACUCUGGCCGAACAUCAUUAUGUUGUUCAGAGAGGCCUUCAGUGUCCUCAAGGAUGCAGGGUGCUCCGACGAGGCGCUCUGUUACGAGAUGUGGAUGUCGAAGGAGCCUGCUGAGAUUUUCGAGCGUGCAGCGGAGGACGGCUUCAUCGCGCAAUUAAAGCACCAUUCCACUGUUUCGCAAUACGGCCAACUGAGUGGCGCGCUUGCUCUGGAUGGUACGGCAACACGGGAACACUUCAAGAACAUCCUGCACAAUCAGGUCCUGAACGGCAAGUUCAGCGGCGAGUUCACCAAGAUCGAGGCCGACCUGGAGAAGGAGGGUGAUGAGAACCCGCUGAACGUGUUGUACAAGAAGUCGGAGGAGACGGAGCUCGUGCAGGCAGAGAAGAGAGUGCGCUCGAGGCUUGCCAACCUCUUGUAG